GGCAAAAGCCGCGCGGGUACAAGAGUGAAUCAGUGGCUGUGGAGAUCUGCGCAGAGCGAUAUCUUUUGCCGUGAUGAUGGAUCUGCUGACACUCAAAGCCGACACGGCAAAGGACGUGCUCUUGUCUGCGGCGAAGGUCGGCUCACUCCUGGCUGUGGGGUGCGCUGGCGCCGUGACGGUGGCGCUGGGCUACUCUGGGAUCUACUACCUAUGGGUACGGUACACAAGCCAAGCUGCUGAGUGGACCAUUAACUCAUGGGACAGAAUGUGUCGUAUGUGUGUGUGUGUGGUCAGAUGGGCCGCAAGUACCGGAAGCUGCCUCGGAGGAAGAAGUGGAUGCCUGUGUGGGACGCAUUUGACCAGCAAAAGGGCGAGGAGGCCUUCAUCAACGAGUUCAGAGACCCUGACCAGCCUGGAGAGUUCCAAACUGUCGUCGGUGAGUGAGUGACCGGCUCAACAACCAACAGCACGGCAGCGUGACGUGAUGUGUGUCCAUGGUUGCUCUCCGUGUGUGUAUCAUAUCUGUGCGUAAAUAAAGACAUGGGUCCUGACUUCAAUGGCAACCGCAUCGUGGCCUUCAGCGACCCCGAGACCUUUGCCAAGAUCCUCAACGACACACAGACAUUCGGCAAGGCGCCCAACGCGGGGGCGGAAGAGCUCAUCGGCAAAGACUCGUCAGCUACACGCAAUGCACUGCACUCACAGCCACAUCACACGCACACAACAAACAGCCCAGCCCACACACGCGGUGUGUUGUGUUUCUUCCUCUCUCUCUCUCUCUCUGUGUUGGUUCUUUCAGGCUGGUGAUGAGUGAGGGCGAGCUGUGGGCACGGCAGCGGAAGCUGAUCACACCGGUGUUCCACUUCUCGUCCCUCAAGGCCGUGUUUGACACGAUGGUGGACAUCGCCGUGAAGGAUGCCGACGACAUGCAGCACCAGAUCGAGACCAGCAAGGACCACUGCGCCAUCCGCACCAAAGAGGACUUCAAGUGAGUGGGUCACGCACACACACACACACACACAGGUGUGUUGAGCUACGUGUGAUUGUGUGUGUUGGCCUGCCUGCAGUGCGUUGACGAUGCGGAUCAUCAUUGCCUGUGCGUUUUCGUCUCGCUUCGACGUGGAGUGGAUGCAUCGCGCAUGGGGCAAGGUGUUCCACUCCAUCUUCUACUUCAUCGGACGGCAGAUUGUCGGUCAGCCAGUGCGCAACCCACUACAACACACCACACCACACCUCUCGUUAUGUGUGUGUGUGUGCCUGCCUGCCUGCCUGCUCGCAGGUCCCCUGUGGAACUACAUUCCCCACAAGGACGCCUGGGGCGUCGCCGCCGUCAUGAAGCAGAUAAACCGCAAAGUGCAGGCAGAGAUCGACACGAGGAGGAAGGACGGCACCGACACAGCGGCCAAGGAAGGGGAAGGCCCGAGGGACCUGCUGGACCUCCUCAUGGCUGCCGGUGACGAGAUGUCCGACCGUUUGAUGAUCGACGAGUCCCUGACCUUCCUCUCGGCGGGGCAUGAGACCACAUCGUCGCUCGUCUCGUGGACCAUGUACUGCCUCAGCAAACACCCUGACGUCCAGGUGACCACAGAGUGUCUCAUGGGGUCCCUCGCGACGCAUCUCUCCCUGUGUGUGUGUCUGUGUGUGUGUGUGUGUGUGUGUGUGUGUGCAGCGUCAGCUGCAGGAAGAGUUGGACGCCGUGAUUGGUGACCGGCCUUUGACCUUCGACGACAUCAACAGACUCGAGUACAUGAAGUGCGUCGUCAAGGAAGUGCUCAGGUGAGUCAAUGAGUGAGCCACACGGCCGCCACGCACGGUGAGUGGGUGUAUUGCGUUGCCUGUUGAUUCAAUGACCAGGCUGUGUCCGCCGGCCCCCUUCCUGGACCGCCUCGCCAAGCGUGACUUCUCACUCAACGGCUAUGACCUCCCAAAAGGUUCAUUAGCACACAGUCAACACACCACCCAAGUCAGCUCCUUCGACGAUCCCUCGCACAACACACGUGUGUGUUGGUGUGUGCCGUCCCUUCUUCAGGGACGAUUGUGUGGCUGAUGUUCCACGCUGCGCAGAUGGACGAGCGCUACUGGGACAAGCCGCAGGAGUUCAUGCCGUCACGAUGGGCGGAGGGGUCGGGCACAGAGACUGCGGCGGAGGGCGGGGCCACAAAGGCCUUGAGGCACCCCUACGCCUACCUGCCCUUCUCCGCGGGACCCAGGAACUGCAUCGGCCAGAAGGUGAGCACAGCACACGACACAACACACGCCGGCCGUGGGCACGUCUAUCAUGGAUCUGUGUGUGCAUGUCUUUCCUCUCUGCUUGCUUGUGUCUGUUCUGUAUCCGUCAGUUCGCGCAGCAGGAGGCAUCGGUGGGAUUGAUGUGACAGACAGACAACGGGAGAGAACGGACUGCAUAUGCCAUCAUUGUCCUCUGUCCCCUCCAUGGUUUGUGUCCUCCCUCAGGUCAUUCUAGCGUCGGUGAUGCGCCACUAUGACGUGGCCCUCGAGGGGGAGGACAAGGUGAUGGGCAUAAUCGAGGCCACCAUGGUACCAAAGAAUCUGUCGCUCCGGUUCACCCCCAGAGGCACGUGUGCACACAGCGUCGCCAGUGGCACCACCACUGAUGGCGGCGCGUAGGUUGCUGUCUGUGUCAUGUCAGCGGGGGGACAGGACAGCCCGACUGACUGACUGAGUUGGUGGUCAAGUCAAUGAGCCGGGGCUGGUUGUGGUGGACAGAGUGGACAGUGAGUGAGUGAGUGGUAGUGUGUGGUGUGCGAGGCGCGUGGCGUGCUGUCUGUGGUGGAUUUGCAAUUGAUUUGUAUUUUUGGUGGCCUGUCUGUCCCAGCCAGAAGCGUGUCUGUAUACUACCGACCUGCAGCCAAGCGUGGGCGGGCGUGCCUUUCCCGCACGUCCACCCGUCCGUCACUGCCAGUGCAGUGCUUGCUCUCCUGUGGUGACACGUACGUGUGUGGGGGGAGGGGUGCGGUUGGUUGCCACCACUCACUCGGCUAAAGGUGCACUGCACGGCAGUCAGUGAGUGAGCCGUCGUGCAGUGCGUGUGAUGUGUUUGUUGUGCUCUUCAUGUGAGUGACCCCUGCCUGUGUUUGUUGUGUGUAUCCUCCUGUGUGGCUGGCUGGCUGGCUGGCUGGCCGGCUGUCUGUGUGGGUGGGUGCGUCGAUCUGUCUGUGAGUCACAUGGAGGCUUUAUGGUGCCUUGUAGGUUUUUCAGAGACGGUCAAGACAUGCAUGGUAUGGGAUGAUGCCAUGCGGUGCGGUGCAUCUCUUGGAUGGCAAACGAUGGUUGCGUCGGGGGCCACACACGUGUCGUGUUGGUCCACCGCGCCGAGUAGGAGAUGAUGAGGCAGACGACUAGUGACGUUUCUGUAAUUGGUUCGUGUGUCA